AUGAUGUCUUCCAGCAAGAAGCGCUCUGCAACAGAUGGUGGAUUUUCCCAAGGCGAUGAUGACUCUGAAAUGAAAGCUCGCAAGCAGAGAGUCAAAGUUUCUAGUCCGAGCAAGAAAUCCUUGCAGAACUCCCAAUUUUUGGAUGACAAGAAAAGUCUCUGGCAGCAAGCCAUGGAACAGUUGAACGAGCAGACGAAAAAGGUCCUUAACCGAGCCAAAACCGACGAUGAUGUCUUCUUUGCGUGCAUGGAGUAUACUCGACACCGUGACUGGAUCACACAACGCUACAAUCCCGCUUGCGGUCGAGUUGUCUCGAUGGGAUCGGACGAUUGCAACCAAUUGGGAGUUGCAGCUUCUGCUGAUGCGGAUAAGGAAUGCGAAUACCCUCCGACCUUUGUAAAUCUAGACGGAAGCAAGGUUGCCCAUGUUGCUGGUGGUGGUUUGCACUCGUUAGUAUUGACCGUAGAUGGCAAAGUUUACUCGUUUGGCAAUAAUGAUGACAAUGCUCUCGGCAGAGGCGAAAUUCACGAGGACAGGCUUCAUUUGGCGGAACCAAUUAAGGAAGGGUUCCGUCCGGAUGAUCGCAAUCGAAUCGUUGGCAUUGAUGCUGGUGAUUCGCACUCUCUUUUCUUGAGCAUCCUUGGAAAUGUAUACCAAUCUGGAAUGUACAAAGAUGUAGACUCUGGUAAAUUUCACGAUGUUCCCAUUGGAACAAAUGAGAGCCCAAAGGGAAGCAACGUCUAUCCGACUUUGGUAGACCUUCCAGGACCUGUUCGAGAAAUCAAGGCUGGCGAAGCAUUCAAUGCGGCACUUCUUGAAGAUGGAAACUUGUACACGUGGGGAAUGGGUCACUUUGGCCAACUUGCGAGAAGCAAAACUAUGGGCGCAGAUCUCAAAAAGGAUGAAAAGGGAAAUUCUAUUCCCGGCGUCUAUGAGCUUGGGAAGAUGUGGAUUGGCGAGGAAUACGAGACUGACGAGCAAGAGAAAGAUGGCGAUGGAAACUUAAAAUUUGAUGAAAAGGGAAAUCCUGUCUGGGCCACGGCGUACCGCUAUCAUGAAGACCUUAUCAAAGAAAAAUUUCUCAAGCCCGCACCGGUAAUCUGGGCGAAUCCUUAUCCCAAGCGAUCUGUCUUGUCUCUGGCAUGCGGUGAACUUUUCAUUUUGGUUGUUGCUCGAGAUGAAGGAUAUGACACAAACGUGUACUCUGCUGGGCACAAUGGCUUUGGUCAGCUGGGUCAUGGGGACAAACACGAGCGACAUGAGCUCACUCCGAUCAAGUUUUUUGAACGAAAAUUGAUCAAGAAGGUAUCUGCUGGGACAUCGCACGGUUUAGCAUUGGACAUGGCUGGAAACGCUGUUUUCGCCUGGGGUAGAUCUGAUUAUGGUCAGCUUGGCCAUACAGACGAUAUCAAAGGCGGCGAUAUUGAAAUGUCUCCACAACAAAUUGCUUUCCCCGAAAGCCUAGGGAGUACUAGAAUCAGGGACAUCGCCGCAGGGUCUUCGAUCAGCAUGGCCAUUACGGAAGAGAAUGACGUCUACACUUGGGGAUUCGGAGAAACUUGUGCUACUGGACAUUUGGCUAGUGCGGAGGAUAUCAAAAGACCCAAGAAGCUUGACGUUCUGAGACAGGCACUCAAAAGGGGGGGAGCCAAAUCCAAAAACUGUCAUGUUCUGGAAGGUACCGGCGGCGCCCAGCAUUCCCUCAUGAUUUUGGAAUGCUUUUCGUAG